AUGCCUGUGGCCACGGAGAAUGGGGAGAAGAACAGCGGCGGUGGUGGCGGCAAAAAGGAGACGCCAAUGUUCAAGUGCAUCUGUUAUAGAUGCAGCUGCGAAGAGGAGUCCGAGGAUGAGGGCAACACGUGCAUAAAGUGCCUGAUUCUCUGCUACUGGGGCGGCCACCCUCGCAGAAAGUUGAAGAGGUCGACAUCUUGUCCCGCUGCUGCUGCCGGUAAGCGCUGA